AUGGCGCAAGCCGCUACUACUGCUGCAACAGCAACAGACACUGGUAGUGGUGGUUCUGAAACUACUACUUUACUGCCAACGACAGAUCCAGAAAGUACAGCUACUGGAAAUGCAAGUACUGGAGAAACAGCGUCAUCAGCAACAACCAUGGUAUCAAGCGCUACCCUGUCGCGAAGCAUGCUACCAACAAACACCACGCCAACAGCGCCAUUGGCAACAAGUGCAGUUACUGGUGGUGGUGAUUCUGACACUACUACUUUACUGGCAACAACAAUGGAGAAGACAUCACCUACAAUGGCGCAAGCCGCUACUACUGCUGCAACAGCAACAGACACUGGUAGUGGUGGUUCUGAAACUACUACUUUACUGCCAACGACGGAUCCAGAAAGCACAGCUACUGGAAAUGCAAGUACUGGAGAAACAGCAUCAUCAGCAACAACCAUGGUAUCAAGCACUACCCUGUCGCGAAGCAUGCUACCAACAAAUACCACGCCAACAGCGCCAUUGGCAACAAGUGCAGUUACUGGUGGUGGUGAUUCUGACACUACUACUUUACUGGCAACAACAAUGGAGAAGACAUCACCUACAAUGGCGCAAGCCGCUACUACUGCUGCAACAGCAACAGACACUGGUAGUGGUGGUUCUGAAACUACUACUUUACUGCCAACGACGGAUCCAGAAAGCACAGCUACUGGAAAUGCAAGUACUGGAGAAACAGCAUCAUCAGCAACAACCAUGGUAUCAAGCACUACCCUGUCGCGAAGCAUGCUACCAACAAAUACCACGCCAACAGCGCCAUUGGCAACAAGUGCAGUUACUGGUGGUGGUGAUUCUGACACUACUACUUUACUGGCAACAACAAUGGAGAAGACAUCACCUACAAUGGCGCAAGCCGCUACUACUGCUGCAACAGCAACAGACACUGGUAGUGGUGGUUCUGAAACUACUACUUUACUGCCAACGACAGAUCCAGAAAGUACAGCUACUGGAAAUGCAAGUACUGGAGAAACAGCGUCAUCAGCAACAGCCAUGGUAUCAAGCACUACCCUGUCGCGAAGCAUGCUACCAACAAAUACCACCCCAACAGCGCCAUUGGCAACAAGUGCAGUUACUGGUGGUGGUGAUUCUGACACUACUACUUUACUGGCAACAACAAUGAAGAAGACAUCACCUACAAUGGCGCAAGCCGCUACUACUGCUGCAACAGCAACAGUUACUGGUACUGGUGAUUCUGACACUACUACUUUACUGGCAACAACAGUGAAGACCACAUCACCUACAAUGGCGCAAGCCGCUACUACUGCUGCAACAGCAACAGACACUGGUAGUGGUGGUUCUGAAACUACUACUUUACUGCCAACGACGGAUCCAGAAAGCACAGCUACUGGAAAUGCAAGUACUGGAGAAACAGCAUCAUCAGCAACAACCAUGGUAUCAAGCACUACCCUGUCGCGAAGCAUGCUACCAACAAAUACCAUGCCAACAGCGCCAUUGGCAACAAGUGCAGUUACUGGUGGUGGUGAUUCUGACACUACUACUUUACUGGCAACAACAAUGGAGAAGACAUCACCUACAAUGGCGCAAGCCGCUACUACUGCUGCAACAGCAACAGUUACUGGUACUGGUGAUUCUGACACUACUACUUUACUGGCAACAACAGUGAAGACCACAUCACCUACAAUGGCGCAAGCCGCUACUACUGCUGCAACAGCAACAGACACUGGUAGUGGUGGUUCUGAAACUACUACUUUACUGCCAACGACGGAUCCAGAAAGCACAGCUACUGGAAAUGCAAGUACUGGAGAAACAGCAUCAUCAGCAACAACCAUGGUAUCAAGCACUACCCUGUCGCGAAGCAUGCUACCAACAAAUACCACGCCAACAGCGCCAUUGGCAACAAGUGCAGUUACUGGUGGUGGUGAUUCUGACACUACUACUUUACUGGCAACAACAAUGGAGAAGACAUCACCUACAAUGGCGCAAGCCGCUACUACUGCUGCAACAGCAACAGACACUGGUAGUGGUGGUUCUGAAACUACUACUUUACUGCCAACGACAGAUCCAGAAAGUACAGCUACUGGAAAUGCAAGUACUGGAGAAACAGCGUCAUCAGCAACAGCCAUGGUAUCAAGCACUACCCUGUCGCGAAGCAUGCUACCAACAAAUACCACCCCAACAGCGCCAUUGGCAACAAGUGCAGUUACUGGUACUGGUGAUUCUGACACUACUACUUUACUGGCAACAACAAUGAAGAAGACAUCACCUACAAUGGCGCAAGCCGCUACUACUGCUGCAACAGCAACAGUUACUGGUACUGGUGAUUCUGACACUACUACUUUGCUGGCAACAACAGUGAAGACCACAUCACCUACAAUGGCGCAAGCCACUACUACUGCUGCAACAGCAACAGACACUGGUAGUGGUGGUUCUGAAACUACUACUUUACUGCCGACGACGGAUCCAGAAAGCACAGGUACUGGAAAUGCAAGUACUGGAGAAACAGCGUCAUCAGCAACAACCAUGGUAUCAAGCACUACCCUGUCGCCAAGCAUGCUACCAACAAAUACCACGCCAACAGCGCCAUUGGCAACAAGUGCAGUUACUGGUGGUGGUGAUUCUGACACUACUACUUUACUGGCAACAACAAUGAAGAAGACAUCACCUACAAUGGCGCAAGUCGCUACUACUGCUGCAACAGCAACAGACACUGGUAGUGGUGGUUCUGAAACUACUACUUUACUGCCAACGACAGAUCCAGAAAGUACAGCUACUGGAAAUGCAAGUACUGGAGAAACAGCGUCAUCAGCAACAGCCAUGGUAUCAAGCACUUCCCUGUCGCGAAGCAUGCUACCAACAAAUACCACGCCAACAGCGCCAUUGGCAACAAGUGCAGCUGUAGUACAGGACUGGACCGUUGUGCUGGUUCAGUGGCAGAGUUGA